GUCCGAAACCCGACGACGGUGGAUUCCUAUGCCCAGCCCGCGGCUUGAACGGCGCGCGCAACCCCGGCUGCUGGUUGUGGGGCCCCGCACACAUUUCCCCCCGCCCUUGUCUCCUCGGUGUCCACGCCUAUGUUGUCAAUUUGUCACAUCUCACAACGGGUAGUGCGGAGAGCAAGGGGGGGUGUUUACCGACCUUGGCCCUUGUAUAGAUCAAUAUGUAGAUAUAUUUCGAAGUAUGUUUCCAGCUCGUCUCCUCUCAUUCUGCCAACGAAGCUACUCCCGUCUUUCAAAUCCCCAUACUUUCUCGCUCUCACAGUCCUCACUUCACGCUACAUUGACUACAUUGCAAUAAUGUCGUCGCCAAUUGACAUCCCUGUUCUCAUCAUCGGUGGUGGUGGUUGCGGUCUUACUGCAUCGAUAUUCCUGAGUGAUCUCAAGGUAGAGCAUGUUCUCUUUGAGAAGCAUCCAGGGACAUCGUUCCUCCCCAAGGCACAUUACUUGAAUCAGAGAACCAUGGAAAUACUUCGCAUACAUGGAGUCGACAAGCUGAUCACCGAUGUGGGGUGUCCUAUCCGUAAGAUGAGUAGGGUAGAGUUUAGGACGUCGCUUGGUGGUGACGAGCCCUAUGAUGGUCGCCUUCUGGGACAUUGCGAUAGCUUUGGCGGCCACAGUGGUACGCCAUCGUACGAGAUGUACAGGUAUAGCGAUUCAAUGGCUCUUGGUCAUUUAACAGAUUUGCUAACAAGAUCCUUUGCUAGGCGUGAUUCGGCAGUUCUCUCUUCGAACCUUCCUCUAAUCAGACUGGAGCCCAUUCUCCGUAAAGUCGCAGAAGAACGAAACCCAGGGCGGGUUCUCUUCAGUCACAGAGUUACUGACUUCGAGGAGAAGGAUGGUGCAGUUCUAGUAACUGUGGACCAGCCUGAUGGUAAAACCAUCCAAUAUCGCGCUCAAUACGUCAUCGCGGCUGAUAAGGGGCAACUGUCCACACCUAAACUCGGUGUCAAGAUGGAGGGUCCCACCGAACUUGUUGAUUUCGUUACUACUCACUUCAAAGCUGAUCUCUCAGACUAUUGGGACGAUCGUACCUUGAUCACACAUUUCAUCAACCCUGAGGGUGAGAAGAUGGCCAAUUUCGACUGCGGGGCACUCGUACAAAUGGGUCCUACAUGGGGACGCAAAUCCGAGGAGUGGACUUUACAUUUCGGCUUCCCGGUUACAGACAGCAAGCGGUUUGACAAAGAGGCACUUCCUCCCAGGAUCCGACAACUCCUGAAAAUUCCCGAUCUCGAGAUGGAGGUAUUGCAUGUCAGCCAUUGGGUCCUCGACCGAGUACUUGCCGACAAGUACCGCUUCGGCAGGGUCUUCAUCGCUGGGGAUGCUGCCCAUCGACGUCCCCCAACCACGGGUUUGGGACUAAAUACUUCAAUCGAAGACGUACAUAACCUCACUUGGAAGCUCGCCUUUGUCCUUCAGGGUAAAGCCGAACCGUCUUUGCUCGACACAUAUGAGACAGAAAGGCGGCCCAUAGGCCUCCGGAACUGCGACUGGGGCCUCUUCACUUUCUCAAACAUGCCAGUCCUGCAAGCCGCGGUUGGUCUCGUGCCUGGUCAGUUGGAGUACAAUCGUCAACGUUUCAAGAGGAUCUUCGAGGACACACCCUAUGGCCGCACGUCACUCAAUCAGAUCCGUCGAGCCAUCGCAACGCAGGAUGUUGAGUUCUCGGCACAUGAUAUUGAGCUGGGCUUCGUCUAUGAGGACGGUGCUCUCGUAGCCGAUGGCACUGAGCGCCCCCCCGCCGACCCCGCCGGCCAGAUCUACAUCCCCACAACCCGACCUGGACACCGACUACCACAUGCGUGGAUCGAGGACCGGAAUGGAAGGGUUGUCUCAACCCAUGACCUGGUUGUAGCGGGAGUGUCAGAUUUCUGCCUGAUUACCGACGAGUACGGUGGGGCGUGGGUAGAGGCUGCUCGGAGGCUUAGCAAGUCCACCAACUUCACGAUUAACGCUGUGCAGGUCCGAUCUCGAGAAACGUCUAAAGAUCCAGCUCUAUACUACGACUACGAAGGUCGGUGGGCGCAAGUGCGGGAGAUCUCGGAUGGCGGUGCGAUACUUGUCAGGCUUGAUAACUUCGUGGCGUGGCGGAGCCGUAGACCAUCUGAUAUGGCAGAGAAGGUACUCGGUGAUGCUCUUGCAGCAAUACUAAAGGGACCUCAGAAAACAGGCUUGAAGGGCAAUAGUACCAAUGGUAUUAAUGGUACUAAUGGAGCACACGUCGUUGAUAGUGUUAGUGUAUGAAAAGCAGCGCUUGUUGCUUCUUCUUGAAAUAUAUUUUAUAUUGGCCCUGCCUUGACUUCCUUGAAGGUCGUAAGGGUGGAUUGUGUACUAAACAGGCAGCUACUUCGAUCAUCUAAACCAUAUCCAGAUUAUAGUAAGAAAUUGGGAGGUUGUAUUUUCUUACGUCCG